CAUUAGGUGUCUUCAAACCAUCAUGAAACGAAUUAUGCAAUCAUAUCCAUGAGUUAAAAUAUAAGAUCUAAUUCCCAGUAAAAUAAGUUUUAUAACUAUAAUUUAUUUGAGUUCAAGACACGAUAUUUUUCACAUCUGACUAACUCAAACUCUUGUUAAACUCAUUUCAUUUAUCCGUAAAGUGCUAAAUGGAUUUAAGAUCAUGUUACCAUUCAAAGUUGACAGAUUUUCUGUUAGUCAUCGACUUUUAAGUAUUCAUUUACUGACCCUAAAUACAUACAAAACAAAGCAAAACGAAAGCGGUUAUGGAAACAUGUAAUCAGUACGUGUGAAAUGGUAAUCAUUGUAAGAAGAUAGAAAUUCUAUUUCAUGGUUUAUUAAGGGUAUUUACAUUACAAAUGUCGCUUUACAUCGUGGUUUACCUUGAAGUCGGAAACAACAUAACAGCAAUAAAAGAACUUGCAACCAUAUUAGGUGAUCCCAAGUUUUACGAACAAAAAAGUAGUAAGAAUGAAUUGUCUCAAUUUAGUCAACCAAAACUAAGCGGUUACAUUUUCUAAACAAGGCUGUUAAAACACUUAGAUAGUGUUAUACAAAAGUCAGUUUUAUAUUUUUAAAAUCUAACUUUUUCAAAUAUUGAGUUUUCAGUUUAACAGUUCUACAUCUUUUAGUUUCAGAAUGAACAAUGUUAACAGUGAGGACCCCACCCGUCAGGUUUAUUCAGAAUUAGGAAACUUUAUCCCGACUGGAUAUCAGGAAAAUUAUGAUUGUGAAUUAUCACAAAGCACUGUUGCUGCUGGCAGUUGUGGUGUUGGGAAUCAUUUGCCUAUUUUUCAAAAUAUGUUGAGUCAAGUCGAUGAAAAACCGAAAAUACUAUUGAUGGGUUUAAGAAGAAGUGGUAAAUCAUCGAUUCAACGGGUUGUUUUUCACAAAAUGGCACCAAACGAAACAUUGUUUUUGGAAAGUACCCACAAAAUUGAAAAGAAUGACGUAUCUGAAUGCUCCUUUAUCAAAUUUCAAAUAUGGGAUUUUCCUGGUCACAUUGAUUUUUGUGAUGAGACCUUUCAAUCUGAAGCUAUAUUUUUAGCUUCUUGUGCUAUAAUUUUCAUUAUCGAUGCUCAGGAUGAUUAUCAUGCGGCUUUAACCCGCCUACAUGCUACUUUAGAAUCAGCGUUCCGUUUUAAUAUGAAUAUUAAAUUUGAAGUAUUUAUUCAUAAAGUUGAUUGUUUAUCAGAUGAUCAAAAAAUGGAUAUACAACGAGAUAUUACUCAACAUGUAACAAGUGUCUUAGAGGAUUUAUUGUGCGAACAACCGUCGAAUGCUGGAAUUAGUAUAGGAUUUCAUUUAACUACAAUAUAUGAUCAUUCAAUUUUUGAAGCAUUCAGUAAAGUGGUACAAAAAUUAAUUCCUUACUUGGAAGCAUUUGAACAUUUAUUAAAUAUAUUUAUUACAAAUUCAAUGGUGGACAAAGCAUUUCUUUUUGAUGUCACCAGUAAAAUAUAUUUAGCAACAGAUUCAAAUGCAGUAGACAUGCAGACGUAUGAAUUAUGCUGCGAUAUGAUUGAUGUUGUCGUAGAUGUGGCAGCAAUCUACACUCCCCAAUCUAAUUUUGUUGAUCCGCCUGUAUCUGAGCAAACUGGGGCAACAAUUAUCUUAAACAAUGACAGAGCAUUAUAUCUUCGUGGCGUCAAUCAGUAUAUGGCUCUAGCUUGUUUGAUGUAUGAAGAAUCUUUAGAGAAAAUGGGCUUAAUAGAAUUCAAUUUCUGUGUCAUUAAGAAUGCAUUACAACAAAUGCUUGAAUUAAAUCAACAACAUGCAAAGCGAGAACUAGCUGCUUUGCUGACUCACCAACCGUCUUCAGAUCCUAUACCAGAAGAUGAAGAGCCAGUAAACGAACUUGAUUCGAGUGGAAAGGAUGAAGAUGGACAGGAAGUUAGUGAUGGAGAACCACAAUAUAAAAAUAGAGAUGUAAGAAGAGAAUAG